AUGAACAUAAAUAAACCCUUCUGGUUAUGGAUUAAAAGUUUCCUUUCCGGAAGAGUUCAACAAGUAAAUCUCAAUGGUACCUUAUCAUCCAUUGUAACAUGCCCGGCCGGAGUCCCGCAAGGCUCUGUAAUAUCUCCCAUUCUUUUUAAUACCUCCAUUGAUGAUUUGGAGGACGCCUUACCAGAACAACUAAAAGUCAGUACGAAUAAGUAUGCAGAUGACUGCACACAACACCAAAUAGUGAGCGUAGAUUCUAAUAGUAAUUUACAACAAUCUAUCAAUGAAGUAAAUAACUGGGCGGGGUUAAAUAAAAUGGCAAUUAAUGCUAAAAAAACUAAGGACAUGUGGAUCUCGUUCACGGACGCUAUACCUGAACCACCACGUCUUCGUAUUGGAAAUGAGUUAAUAGAAAGGGUCAACGCUUUUAAAUUACUUGGCGUGUCGUUCCAAAAUAAUCUAAAAUGGAACGCACAUGUUGAAGAGAUUACACGUAAAGCAAAUAAACGCCUUUACUAUCUUAGAGAAUGCAGGAAAUCGCAGUUACCAGCUGAAGUCGGUAUUAUUACCUAUCAAUCCAAAAUAAGACCAAUUCUCGAGUAUGCAUCACCUGUCUGGGCGGGACUCCCUAAUUACCUGCGAGAUGAAAUAGAGCGGGUUCAAUCCAGGAGCUUAAGAAUCCUUGGCCUGGAAAAAGAUUACCUACCACCGUUGAACGAAAGAAGGGAAGAGGCAACUAGUCGAGAAGUUGAUAGGUUUAUGAACGAUCCACACCAUCCCUGUCGCAGUGUUUUGCCAAAAUUAAUUAACAAUCAGUACAAUUUAAGGAACAUUGACCGGAAUCGCAAUAUAUCAUUCUUCUCAGGAACUGAAAGGCAUAAACAUUCAUUUUCAGGUAGAGCUUGUAAAUAUGUAUAAAUAGUUUUAACUUAUUAGAAGAACUUAUUAGAUUAAAGAAUUUAUUAGUUUUAACUUCUUAGUUAGUUUUCUAAAUUAUCUUACAACAAUUUGUAAUAUAAAGACGUAUCCGCAGCAUAUAUACUUUCUUAAACAAGUAAUUGUAAGUCCAUUGUACUUUUUUAUCUUAAGAUGGAUGAAUAAAGCUAUUAUUAAAUGCAAUAAAAAUCACGUGCAGAGAGUGGGCGCGCGCGAGGGGGUUCUCUUCUCCCUUCCCGUCUUUCCCCGCGAGCUUUCCUUUUCAGUUUUCCUCGCGCUCGCAUUUGCGUGUGUCUCCCACUCCCCGCGCGUGAUUACUACAUUUGCGUGUGUCUCACGAAUCGCGAUAUCUCAAUUCUCAAAUUAAUUCAGCUUUGAUUGCUUUGCCUUUGUUUUAAAUUUUCAAGCAAUUUCUCGAGCUCUAUUUCCAAGACCUUUAGAGACGACUGGGGACGAGUCAGAUUUAAAGUGCAUACGUGAAGCUUAAUUGGAAUGUUAUUCUUGAGGAAUCAAAGCUUGUUGCUGGUGCUUUGGGCAUUAAUGAACAGUUUCAGAAAAAAAACAACGACGGAUUCACAAGGCAUUUUACUGUAUGAUGAAAACCGGGAUAACGAAUGGGAAGUACAAAACAACGAAGCGCUGUUAAUUAAUGUUCAGAAUAAACAUCAUUAAUGUGUCUUUAGACACAGUAAUUAGUGAAGUGACGCGCAUGCAUGCAAAUUUGAAACAAGUCGGAACAAUUGAACAAAACAGUGGUUUGCUUUCUGUAGAACCCUUCGGUAUGACAGGGUUAGAGGACUUGGCAGAGAAUUCAGACCCAUCACUAUUAGAUCGUACUCUCUCAAAAUUAUAUCCGAAUGAUCUAAAUGAACUAACCAAAUCUUGGAAAAACUUCGUCUCGGUGAAUAAACUAAAGCAAAAUGACAAUUUGUUUGGUAAAUUGUCAUCUCUUCAGUUGCGUAACAAGAUUUACGAGCAAGGCAUAUGUCCACAGAUUUGUGUUGACCUAAGGAUACCAGUUUCAUCCGCUUCUAGAGAACGGUCUUUUAGUAUACAAUGGGGCAAGAACGUCUUACUGGACUAA